AUGGCAGACACACUCCCAGGCCUCCUCUCGGUAGACGAUGAAGCUGGAGAGCUAGUGACGCUGCAAAAGUGUGUAGAUGCCGGUGGAGGCUCCGGUGGGAAGCCGAAAUCUCCACCAGACCCCAAACUCUCCCCGAUAGCCGAGCGCGCAUGGAGCCUGGCAAGCGAGGCCAUGCAGCAGCGUGACACUCUUAACCCGGUUGCCCGAGAACACUACCUUAGCGCUGAGGCAGCAGGCGUCGACAGACAGCAGCUGGACCGAUACCAGGAUGAGGAGUUUAGACUGCGAUUCAUGUGGUCGUCUCUGAUCGACAGCUUUCGGAUGCAUUGCAACCUCGAGCCGAGUUUGCGGCCAGUAGAACACGAACUGGCCAGAAAAGUCGCAGACCGGAUCCUGCUGCUGCGAAAGCGGUCGUUUUACAAUCGGUACUCGAUGAUCUUUGAGCGCAUAAAUGGCAGAGGAACACUGGGGCAUCAGUCGAUUCUGGAUACAUACGACGGUAGGCUGGCUGAAUAUUGGAGAUCGGUGUAUAUGGCCAUUGUCAAGGAAAAGCAGUACGGCGAAAUUCCCGCCAAGUUUGCCCGGAUGCUGCCCUCGACUAUCUUCCAGAAGGCGUGCGACCACCUGGGUAUCGACCCCAAGAGAUGUUUUGACGAGGUCCAAGAGUUUGCCAGACAGGGGCGAUUUUCUUCGGAUAUCCUGUCUCUCGUCAGGCGGAAACAGCUCGACCUUCUCUGGAAGCAGAUCACGACCGAUAUCAGAGAUUUUCCUUUCAUAUUCUAUCCACGCGAAAUCGAGCAUACCAAACGGCUCAUGAUUGCUAACACCCUGUCCAGGAUCUUAAAUAGAUGGUGCGACUCCACGUCCCCUGUUGAUUAUAGAGCCACGAGCCAGUUCCACGACGAUGCCAGCAUGUUGGACUCUACAGGCGACGUGGAAGCAAUAAUGGCUAGGAGGCUAAUAGCCGAAGACAUAGCUAGAUCCAUAUCCGCGAGCGACCCUGUGGACCGACAAAAGCUUUUUACGGACCUUUUGUCCAAAGGACUCAUAAUUAUUCAGAUAGCCCUAGGUACGGCGAAGUUUGAGGCCAGCUGGAUGCAGAAGAGCGCUGAGCGUUGUACACUCCUGACCAUAGAGCUGAAAAUGAUGCUCGAUCUCAUCCGCAGUGAAGAGACUGUCGAGAUAUCGCAGUUUAGCGGGUAUGGGGAGAGAAGCCUGCCUCUGGACGACUAUUCUGGCGGGACCCCUUUUCACGAGAAAUGGGAUAAGUGA